CACGACAGCGUUCAAGGCUAUGGGAAAGGAACUAAAAAGAAUCGGUUUCGCUGAGAUCAAACACUACCCACCUGUUGCAGAAGCUGAUAUGGCGAGGCUUUACGACUAUGUGUGCAGCUCAGAUUCCCCACUACUUCUACAGUAUAAGGUAUUCGUUGAAAUCAUGCUUCAUUUCGGAAGACGGGGAAGAGAAAAUCUCUCAGUUUUGAGAAUAAGCGAUCUGGCCGUAACCACGGACGCUGAUGGGGACAUGUAUGUUUACAUGACCCGAGAUGAACAAACCAAAAAUCAUCAGGAGGACGGCGGUCGGGCUCAAGGGCGAAUGUAUGAGAAGAAAGACGAUCCCAGAUGUCCAGUGAGGACUUUCAUCAAGUACAUUCGUCGCUUGAAUAAAGAUUGUCCAAAACUUUUCCAGCAACCAAAUUCAGAAAUGGAAAAUGGAAAUUUAUAUCAUGGGGUUCCCCUUGGACACAACCGGCUUGGUUCUAUGAUGGCGACGCUUAGCACAAAGGCAGGUCUUUCACAAAAAUAUACAAACCACUCCCUGCGAGCUACAACAGUCCAUGUAUUGGAUUCUGCACAGGUGCCAUCGCGGCAUAUUAUGACAGUCACAGGACAUAAAGCAGAAACCAGUCUGAAAACUUACACUGGUUUCACUGAUGACAAGACCAAGAAGAUGAUGUCCACCGCCAUCAGUGAUAUGACCUGUGCUCAACUUAUUAGGGAGAAGGAGAACUCUUUGCCUAUCCUCGGUGAUCAUGAUCUAACAAAUUGUUUGACUGACUGUGAGAUUGAUGAAAUCCUCAAAACUCUCCCUGUACCUGAGUCAUCUGUUUCUGUGUCUGAUAACAAUAUGCAUGUACUUAAUCACAGCAUGACAAAUAGACUGAUGUUUCAGAUGCCAGGACCAGUUAUUAAUAACUGUAAUGUGACCAUCAAUUAUAACUUCAACUCUAAGCAGUAAUAAAGUAGCUAGAUGAACAAUCAUCUGUAUAUUCAGACUGAUAUCGUCUCUUUAAAGAUUUGUUAUUUAAAAGUUGUCUUUGAUGUUUCUGGUACAUUUAAUGAAUUAUUUUGAUUGUGAAGAUGUGUUACGUAAUGAUGAGCUGUAUCCCGGAGAUGACACAGUGUGUGCAUUAAAACAAUUCAUUAAGCUUUAAA